CUCAGAAGCCCGUCAGACAGACGGAUACAAAGUAGCACAAGCUGUUCACAAACAUCGGGGAUACUGGAGUACCGACGGCAGGCUGCGGCCCGGGGAGGGGGGGAGGACGAAGGCAACUGUGACCCCAGACCCCUGACUUCCACCCGAAAAGAAUUUAUAGAGAAAGAAAAUAUCGUUUUUAUGUGAUUUCUGCACCGUCGCGCGCGCUAGAGAAGUGAACUGGAGAGAGAUCUUCGAUACGUUUUUCUCCUACAUUUCCAGAUUUAAAUGUUCAACUUCAUGGGUCUAAUAAACGGUACAGCGGCCAUCCAGACCAAUGUAUCCUGUACAUGUAACUGCAAACGCUCGACUUCAUUCCAAAGCAUGGAGAUCACCCAGUUGGAGUUUGUGCAGAUCCUGGUGAUCGUGGUGGUGAUGAUGGUGAUGGUGGUGGUAAUCACAUGCCUGCUCAACCACUACCGCCUGUCAGCACGCUCCUUCAUCUCCAGGCACAGCCAGGCUCGCAGGCGCCAACUACCACUGGCCUCAGAUGGGAGUCUGUGGUCCUCAGAUGGCCCAGGGUCCACCAGUGGAAUGAGUGAGCAGCAGGUGUACACCCCCCGGCCCCCGGACCGCGGCCCUUCCUACCUGCAGAGGGAGCGUCUGGCCCGCUUCCAGCCCACCUACCCCUACCUGCCCCAUGCCAUCAUUGACCUGCCGCCCACCAUAUCGCUGUCGGACGGCGAGGAGCCCCCGCCCUACCAGGGCCCCUGCACCCUGCAGCUUCGCGACCCCGAGCAACAGCUGGAGCUUAACAGGGAGUCGGUGCGCGCGCCCCCCAACCGCACUGUCUAUGACAGCCACCUCCUCGAUACCUCCCUGUGCCCGCCGCCCAGCCUCAAUGCAGGAGUCAGUGCUACCACUGUAGCCACAUCCGCACAGGCCUACUCCAGCCGAGUGGAAGGGGCGCCGCCGACUUAUAGUGAGGUUAUAGGGCACUACUACCACCCCUCUUCCCUGCCCAGGCACCACCACCAGACUUCCAGUGGCAGUGGGGGCAUGGGGGGCGGAGGCGGGUUAGGAAGCCCGGGUCCCUCGCUGCUCCAUGGGAUACUCCAGCAGGCCCACCUGGGCAGCUUGGAGAGCAGGAACGCACGCAACAAAAAGGAGAAGCAGAAGCCUCGGGUUGGUACCUUACAUCACCCCCUGUCCCCAUCUGAAAUGAGCUACAGUUCCAGAGAGAUGCCCGUGUCCAAUGAUGGAUUCCCACAUAGACCUUCCUCGUGCUGCCAUUGGCUGGGUGUCGGCCCCCUUGGAAAUGUUCAGUGUUUAUGUGCGCCUGCCUGUGAUGACAGAUUAGGCUCCGUCUGUGCUGUCAGUCUGCCUAGACUUGCCGUAGACUGACUCACAAAAUGACAGACGUAUGGAUGAUAAUGUUGACAGAGUUGUCGCGGAGAGUGUUGCAAUAUACCUACUAUUUGCCUUUUGAUAAUGUAGUAAUUGUUUAACUUAGAGAAAUGUAAUGUUUUUUUUUUUUUUUUAGUUUUUUCUUUUAAAAAAAUAUAUUUUUGCUCCAAUUCAUUGUACACGCAUAUAAGGGUUUUGCUGAAUGAAUAACAGAACAUUUAUUCCAUGGUUUGACCACCAGGUGUCUUCACUAACUAUAUUGUCUACCAUAGUGAGUCAGGCUUUGGAGACAAUAGCCCAAACCAGGUUGGGCAUCACUUUGUUUCAAUGCAGCCAGUACCACAGGUUUCUGCACUUUAUUUAAACUGGAGUUGAUGGGAAGUACUUUUAGGUGACCAAGUGCCAGAUCGAUGCCUUUGCUCUUAUUCGCUAUUAGAGAACCCUUUAGUCGUCUUCAACAUGCGCUAUAGUACUUAGUGUGGAAUAUAAGCCUCUUGCUUUUGGCGGCACCAUUUUGAAGACAAGUACAAGGAACAACCAGAUGGGGACAGGCUCAAAGGCAUCACCCUGGGCCAGAACCUUCUUUACCUUCGUCCACCCUCCCAACUACAGCCUCCUUGACCAGUGUGAACCUUACGGAGUCCAUAUUAGGACAGCUGAGAUUAAAGCCAUCCUAAUAUGGACACCAUAGAGUGGACCUGGAUGGGUUAAAUUCUGCCAUAUUACCUAUUGGUCUAUAUACCCAAAUCACUAUAGAUUCCCUUCACCACCACAUGCUCAGUUUCUAGAUGUGUGCCUUUGAGUAUUUUGUGGUUGAGACUUUUUUUGUAAUGUGUUAUAGCGCAAUUUUCUUCCUCUGGAUUCUGUUGCCUUUUUCACAUGAAACAAAUCGCCCUUGUUAUUUACAAUGCCAAAAAAAUACAAAAGAGAAUUGGCUCCCAUGUUCUAUCAUACGAUGAUCAUUUCUAACUUCACUGCAUGCAUACCGAUAAGAGUAAAUAUUAUCCUUGAAGCACUAAAGUAAACCAAAUGGGUGAAGCAUGGGAUGGAGAGGUUUCUAAGGGCCCAACUCUAUGAAUAUAGAACAUAGCAAACAGAGCCUGUCCUAUUAUGCAGUACAUGUCCCACUACUGCAUUAUAAAACAGGGGUUCGUACUUUGCUGCAUUGUAAUCAUCAUCUGCUUUAGAUUCCGAUAUUUCCUUCAAUAAGUUACUGUUGAGGGUUUCAGUGUGGGGGAAAAAAAGCAUUUCCAAAGAAGGAAUCAUCCUAACCAGACUCUUUUAGACUGUCAAGAGUCAAACUGACUUGAACUUUGUUAUUUUCCUUUGUUUGACUGUUUUUUUUGACUGUUCUGUUGCUUUGCUUGUUUUGCCCUUCAAAUUAGCAUUGCUUUGAGUCUUUCUUUUUGGAAAUAAAUAAAUGAGCGAUGAUUAAAAAAAAUAUAUGGUUGCAGUAUAAGCAUAUUUAUCAAACUCUUAAGCAAUUUAUUAACUGUACAGAAAAACCGACUAUCCUGGUGCUUAUUUUGUUAUGAUGCUUUGUGUACUGAUGAAGAGGUAAUGUUGUACUGUCUAUAUGAAAUCAGUUCUAUUCUAUAACAUGUUCUAUGCCGAGAUGUAUUGCAGUAAAUAUAUAGAUGCCUACUGUUGUCGACAAUAAUUGCUUACGUGUAUCAACAUUGUUUAUUUAAAUUUAUAUUGGAUCCUUAAAGUGUUACUGGGUUUGUAUCGCUAUUUGAUAAGAACAGGAGACAAUGUCUAUAACAGAACAUGCUAUGAAUCUGAUACAUUUCAAUUAGCCCCCAAUUAAACAAGUAAAAACAUUUUAUAAAAA